AUGCUACUGCAUCAAUGUAUUUCUGCCACAAUCUUUCAGAAGGUAUCAAAAGCUACCACGACCAAAGAAGUCUGGGAUAUUCUACAGGAUGAUUAUGGAAACUCUAGCAAAGUGAAAAAGAUUCGUUUGCAGUCUCUACAACGACAAUAUGAGCUUCUCUGCAUGGGGGAGCAAGAAACGGUGGUGGAGUAUAUUGGUAGAAUCCAAGUUGUGGUUAAUGCUAUGAGAGCAUGGAAUAAGAGGCUGAUCAAGAGAAAGAAUACUGAAAAGAGUGUGACGCCAAGUACAAAUCAAGCGUUGCAGGCCAGGAAUAACCAAACUUUCAAAGGUCGUGGGAGAGGAAGAGGGAGAUCACGUGGUGGACGCAAUGGCGGUAGAAGCACAAAAUCAUCCGAUCAAAACAAUAAGACAAUGGAGGUGAGCAGAAGAAUGGAAGAAGUCAAGGGGGUAGACAUUCUAGAGGUAGAGGCAGAAAGGGCUAUGAUAAAAGAAACAUUCAAUGUUUCACGUGCAGCAAAUAUGACCACUAUUCUUCGGAAUGUUGGCACAAUGAAGAUGCGAAGAGAAACAAGAAUGGUGAAGCAGCAAAUCUUGCACAAGAAACAGGCGAUUCUGAAUCUGAUCAUGUCCUUCUGA